AUGACCAGCCAACCACCCUACCCUAUCCAUGAGAGCAUCCUGCCCAGGCUCGAUGCCCAGUACAGGGAUUUCUAUAAUGAGCACCUCGUCAACAAGCAGCAGGUCCAUCUGCAGCCUGUCGCGGCGUCACGCGUCGGCGGAACUCUCAUCCCUGGCAGCGGUCCAUUGCAAGAGGUCGCUAGCACUGUUGACUACUCCCUUCCACGGAAAGAGAGCCAGGGCCCCGAGGUCAAAGUGAGAUGCUUCACACCGUUGGGCGAGAAACCGGAGGGCGGCUGGCCCGUGUGCAUCUUUUUCCACGGCGGCGGCUGGGUGCUCGGAAACAUCGAUACGGAAAAUGUCAUUGCGUCGCAUCUGUGCUCCAGGGGAAAGAGCGUGGUCGUAGCAGUGGACUAUAGAUUGGCACCCGAAGACCCCUUCCCUGCAGCUGUCGAGGACGCUUGGGAGGCGACGCUGUGGGUGCUCAACGAGGGCAAGGAGAUUCUGUCGCUCAACGUUGACAAGCUCGCUACUGGUGGCUCGUCAGCCGGCGCCAACCUUGCGGCCGUCAUGUGCCAGCGCGCAGUCGCCCGGGGCACCAAGCUAUUCAAGCUGCAGCUCCUCUCUGUGCCCGUCGCGGACAACACUGCAGACACCACAAACAACUCAUCCUGGAAAGAAUACGAGCAUACGCCCGCUCUGCCCGCACCCAAAAUGCUCUGGUACAGGAACCACUACCUGCCCAACAAGGAGGACUGGUCCAACCCAGAGGCGAGCCCGUUGCUGUGGAAGGGCGAUUGGGCCAAGUUACCGCCCGCGUGCUUCGUCAUCGGUGAGCUUGACGUCCUGCGGUCAGAGGGCGAGCAGUUUGCCGAGAGGUUAGAGGCUGCAGGCGUCAAGACUGAGGUCCAUCUCAUGAAGGGCCAGCCUCACCCGUUCAUCGCCAUGGAUGCUGUCCUCGAGGCUGGCUCGAGAGCCAUCACUGUUUUCUGCGAAGCCUUGUAUAGAGUCGCAUUUCAAUAG